AAUUCCAAUUCUGGUUUCGCUCUCUGUAAAACUCGUUCACAAUGAUGAAGACGUCAUCGCUGACGGAGCUCGAUGACGAAACGGUGCGCAGCAUGGCCAUCGGCGCCGUCUUCUCCGACUUCGGAGGGAAGAUAAACUCGCUCGAUUUUCAUCGGAAGGAGGAUUUACUUGUUACUGCUAGUGAGGAUGACUCUGUGCGGCUCUAUGACAUUGCUACUGCUAAGUUGCUGAAGACUACGUAUCACAAGAAACAUGGAGCGGAUCGCAUAUGCUUUACUCAUCAUCCGAGCUCUGUGAUAUGCUCGUCAAAAUAUAAUUUGGAUUCCACCGGAGAAUCACUGCGGUAUUUGUCAAUGUAUGAUAAUCGAUGCCUUCGCUACUUCAAAGGCCAUAAAGAGAGAAUUGUUUCCCUGUGUAUGUCACCUAUCAACGAUAGCUUCAUGUCUGGUUCAUUGGAUCACAGUGUUCGAAUAUGGGAUCUUCGUGUAAAUACAUGCCAGGGAAUUUUACAUCUACGUGGUAGACCUACAGUGGCCUAUGACCAACAAGGUCUUGUUUUUGCUGUAGCCAUGGAAGGAGGUGCUAUCAAGUUGUUUGAUUCACGCUCGUAUGACAAGGGCCCAUUUGAUACCUUCUUAGUUGGUGGAGAUACAGCUGAAGUUUGCGAUAUCAAAUUUAGCAGCGAUGGCAAAUCAAUGCUACUGACCACCACGAACAAUAACAUCUAUGUUCUUGAUGCCUAUGCAGGAGAUAAGCGAUGUGGUUACAGCAUGGAACCAUCUCCAAAUACGAGUAUAGAGGCGACAUUUACCCCAGAUGGCCAGUAUGUGCUGUCAGGCUCUGGAGAUGGAAAUUUGCAUGCCUGGAGCAUCAACAGGCGGAAUGAGGUUGCAAGCUGGAACAGCCACAUCGGAGUCCCAUCAUGUUUGAAGUGGGCUCCUCGCAGAGCUAUGUUUGCAGCUGCAUCGACUGUUCUUACCUUUUGGAUACCCAACGAUUCAAACGCUGAUCCCGCCGUUGUGGACUCUGAGCUCACUGCUGGCGCUGAAUCACAAUAUGUAUCUCAGUGAGAUAGAUUUAUCUGCUUCCAGCCUCAGGAGUCAGGAUAUGGUUGGCUAUUUUGUAUUGUUCUGUUCUGCUUUAUUACUGCAUUGAAGAUGGAAGAUGCUCACGGUUAGUUUGUUUCGUAUGCUUUUAUGUAUCAUAGUGUAUUCAAUACCCAGGUUAAAACAUUCAUCGAGUGCUAAAUUAUUAGGAUAUAUCAAGUAGAAAAUAUUGAGCGCUCAAAUAUUAGGGUAUAUCUAGAAAUAUCGAAGAACAUUGGUAUCUGGUAGUGAAGUAUUUGCUCAUUGGAAAUUAGUCAUUUGGUAGUGAUCAGUUUUACCGUU